AUGUCACCUGUCGGCCCUCGAGUCUCCAAGGAAGAAUUUAUGCUGGCGCUGGGUCUGAACCCACAGGAUGCACAACAUGAACAGUAUUACCGAGCCAUGCGAGAUGAAGCAAUCAUCGUUUAUAAUCGUAUGCAUCAGGAUACCUCGCAUCUCCUUGAUAAUGUGCGUGCCGACCCCACCACCCGACCUCCUUUCUUCUGGCACCAUAUUCGACCAGAUAGACAGCGUUGGGCAACAACAGAGGUCUGGCGCAACGCAGCUCCUCUCACACGUCCGCUCUUUGAUCGCGGUGGGACGAAUGGCGAACAUGGCCCGAAUUGGGUUUCUGGUUGGUUGCUGUAUAGCGUUUUUCGGUCCAGAGAUGUUAGAAAUAAUCGGAACCGGCGAAAGGGGGAGACUAAUUCUGGCGCAGGGAUUGAUCCAAAGAAAGUAAAGCAGGCAGAAGAAACUGCCUCGCCGAAGAAAGGGUACUACGACCCGGUGCGAAAUGGGACACUCUAG